UCCUUCAAACACGCAUUUUCUUCCCCUCUCUCUCUCCCUGAGAGUUUCUCCGGCGCCGGAAAACCUGUCAAAGAGCCAAGAGAACAUUGGAACUCUUGGUUUAGGUUUUCCGCAUUGAAAGUGAAGAUGAUUUCUGUAGAAGCCAGCGAUGUCAAAAAAAUUGGACUCGGUUUGACUGGCUGUGGCGUACUGUUUACAUUAAUGGGGAUCUUGUUCUUGUUCGACAAAGGGUACAUCGCCAUUGGAAACAUACUCUUCAUAUCAGGGGUUACCUUAACUAUCGGUGUGAAAUCAACAGUACAAUUCUUCACGAAAUGCAAAAAUUUCAAGGGUUCCAUUUCAUAUGGUGUGGGUUUUCUCUUGGUUCUUUUGGGCUGGCCUAUGAUUGGUAUGAUUGUGGAAACAUAUGGUUUCAUCAUUCUCUUCAGUGGAUUUUGGUUGACGAUAGCUGCAUUUCUUCAGAGGCUACCUAUUGUUGGUUUGAUUUUCCGACAACCGGUUGUGACAUCGUUUUUUGAAAAGAGCAGAGGCAAAAGGGUGCCAGUAUGAAAAUGAGAAAUGAGAAUAUUAUUAGACCCAUGAGAUGAGUCUAAUGGUGGGGAAAAGAUUAGUCAAUAUUCUAGAAUAGAGAUAUCUAGAUUUAGUCAAACAAAACUUGUAAAUGUCAUACAUAUUUUGCACUAAUCUGAUAA